UACGACGCUGGCCUGACACUCCACUGAGGCCAGAUCCAGGAGAAGACUGCAAAAGCCCUCGUUCAUCGUCAUUUCUCUCUCUUCUCUUCUUUCCAUUUCUCUCUCUAUCGAUUGAGCUUUUGCUGCUGCUGCUGCUGCUCGUGGAUGCAGUCGUCGGCCUUCUUACGUAUUGAUCAGAUCUGAGAGUUCAUCAUUUGAAGAUGUUGACGAAGUUCGAGACCAAGAGUAAUAGAGUUAAAGGACUGAGUUUCCACACUAAGAGACCAUGGAUCCUUGCUAGUCUACACAGCGGAGUGAUCCAACUAUGGGAUUAUCGGAUGGGCACGCUAAUUGAUAGAUUUGACGAGCAUGAGGGACCUGUUCGCGGGGUUCACUUUCACAAGUCUCAGCCUCUAUUUGUAUCUGGAGGUGAUGAUUACAAGAUCAAAGUAUGGAACCAUAAGACUCAUAGAUGUCUGUUUACUCUUCUUGGACAUCUUGAUUACAUCCGUACAGUGCAAUUUCACCAUGAGUAUCCGUGGAUUGUGAGUGCUAGUGAUGAUCAGACCAUUCGUAUAUGGAACUGGCAGUCGCGUACUUGCAUCUCUGUGUUGACUGGCCAUAACCACUAUGUUAUGUGCGCUUCUUUCCACCCCAAGGAAGAUCUUGUUGUGUCAGCUUCUCUUGAUCAGACAGUACGGGUUUGGGACAUUGGUGCAUUGAGGAAGAAGACAGUGUCCCCAGCUGAUGAUGUGCUGCGGUUGAGUCAGAUGAAUUCUGAUCUCUUUGGCGGUGUUGAUGUUGUUGUUAAAUAUGUUUUGGAAGGUCAUGACCGAGGAGUUAACUGGGCAGCGUUCCAUCCUACCCUGCCUUUAAUUGUGUCUGGGGCUGACGAUCGUCAAGUGAAAUUAUGGCGAAUGAAUGACACGAAGGCAUGGGAAGUGGACACACUAAGGGGGCACAUGAAUAAUGUAUCAUGUGUAAUGUUCCAUGCAAAACAGGACAUUAUUGUAUCCAAUUCAGAGGAUAAAAGUAUACGUGUUUGGGAUGCAACGAAGCGGACUGGACUUCAGACAUUCCGCCGUGAGCAUGACAGGUUCUGGAUACUUGCUGCUCAUCCUGAGAUGAAUCUAUUGGCAGCUGGUCACGACAGUGGCAUGAUUGUUUUUAAGUUGGAAAGGGAAAGACCUGCCUUUGCUAUUAGUGGUGAUUCUCUAUUUUAUGUAAAGGAUCGCUUUCUGCGCUUCUAUGAGUUUUCUACUCAAAAAGACACCCAAGUUACCCCAAUUCGAAGGCCUGGUUCCACUAGCUUGAAUCAUAGUCCAAGGACUCUUUCUUUUAGCCCCACAGAAAAUGCUAUUCUUAUUUGCUCAGAUCUGGAUGGGGGAUGCUACGAAUUGUACACAGUUCCUAAAGAUAGCUUUGGUAGAGGCGACAAUGUGCAAGAUGCCAAGAGAGGAGUUGGAGUAUCAGCAGUAUUUGUGGCUAGGAAUAGGUUUUCUGUGCUUGAUAAAAACAACAACCAAGUCUUACUAAAAAAUCUAAGGAACGAGGUUGUUAAAAAGACUCCCCUUCCCAUCACCACUGAUGCAAUAUUUUAUGCUGGAACUGGCAACUUAUUGUGUAGAGCAGAGGACAAAGUGGUUAUAUACGAUCUUCAGCAGAGAAUUGUUCUUGGUGAUCUGCAAACCCCUUUUGUGAAAUAUGUUAUAUGGUCCAAUGACAUGGAGAGCGUUGCCUUGAUUAGUAAACAUGCAAUUAUUAUUGCUAACAAGAAGCUUGAACACCAGUGCACUCUUCAUGAGACAAUUCGUGUAAAGAGUGGAGGAUGGGAUGAUAACGGUGUCUUUAUUUAUACAACUUUAAACCACAUAAAAUACUGCCUUCCGAAUGGAGAUAGUGGUAUAAUCAGAACCCUUGAUGUUCCAAUAUAUAUCACAAAGGUUUUUGGCAACACGCUCUUUUGCUUGGAUAGGGAUGGAAUAAACCAGCGUUUCAUUAUUGAUGCAACGGAGUACAUGUUCAAACUAUCUCUCUUAAGAAAGAGAUACGACCAUGUCAUGAGCAUGAUAAGGAAUUCACAGCUCUGUGGGCAAGCAAUGAUUGCGUACCUGCAACAGAAGGGGUUUCCUGAGGUUGCACUUCACUUUGUAAAAGAUGAGAGAACCAGGUUCAAUUUGGCUCUUGAGAGUGGAAAUAUUCAAAUAGCAGUUGCCUCUGCUACAGCAAUUGAUGAGAAAGAUCAUUGGUACAGACUUGGGGUGGAGGCUCUUCGUCAAGGUAAUGCAGGCAUUGUGGAAUAUGCCUACCAGAAGACAAAAAAUUUUGAGAGGUUAUCGUUCCUUUAUCUCAUGACUGGUAACAUGGCAAAACUAUCGAAGAUGUUAAAAAUUGCUGAAGUUAAGAAUGAUGUCAUGGGCCAAUUUCAUAAUGCUCUAUAUCUUGGUGAUGUCCAGGAGCGCGUGAAGAUCUUGGAGAAUGCUGGCCACUUACCUCUUGCCUAUGUUACAGCAUCAAUCCAUGGUCUACAUGACGUAGCUGAAAGGUUAGCUGCCGAAUUGGGAGAUGAUGUUCCAUCUUUACCAGAAGGAAAAUCAGCAUCUCUAUUAUUGCCCCCUACUCCUGUCAUGUGUGCUGGUGACUGGCCACUUCUGAGAGUCAUGAAGGGGAUAUUUGAAGGUGGGCUGGAUAAUGCGGGUGGCGGUCCUGCAGAUGAUGAUGAUGAGGUUGCAGAUGGUGAUUGGGGUGAGGAGCUGGAUGUGGUUGAUGUUGAUGGCUUACAAAAUGGGGAUGUCCCAGUAAGUUUGGAGGAUGGAGAAGUUGCAGAAGAAAAUGAGGAAGAAGGGGGAUGGGACCUUGAGGAUUUGGAGCUCCCACCUGAAGCUGACACACCAAAAGUAUCAGUCAGUGCUCGUAAUUCAGUUUUUGUGGCCCCAACUCCUGGUCUUCCUGCCAACCAGACUUGGAUCCAGCGGUCAUCUCUCGCAGCGGAACAUGUUUCUGUUGGUAAUUUUGAUACUGCAAUGCGGUUGCUUAACAGGCAGCUUGGAAUUAAAAACUUCACUCCUUUGAAACCCAUGUUUCUGGAUCUGCAUGCUGGAAGUCAGACGUACCUUCGUGCUCUUUCAUCUGUUCCCAUAAUAUCAUUGCCAGUAGAACGAGGAUACAGCGAAUCUGGUAAUGGAAAUGCAAAAGGAUCCCCUGCACUUAUUUUUAGUUUCACUCAGCUGGAAGAGAAGCUUAAAGCUGGUUAUAAGGCUACGACAUCUGGGAAGUUUGCUGAGGCUCUUCGUCUCUUUCUUGGUAUUCUUCAUACCAUCCCUCUGAUUGUCGUUGAGUCAAGGAGGGAAGUUGAUGAGGUUAAGGAGUUAAUUAUCAUCGUCAAAGAGUAUGUUCUGGGUUCGCAAAUGGAACUUAAGAGGAGGGAACUCAAGGACAAUCCAGCCCGUCAGAUGGAGCUUGCAGCCUAUUUUACCCACUGUAACCUUCAGAUGCCACACUUGAGGCUUGCUUUAUUAAAUGCUAUGACGGUCUGCUUCAAGGCGAAGAACCUUGCCAGUGCAGCAAACUUUGCCAGGAGGCUUUUAGAGACAAAUCCCCCAGAGAACCAAGCAAAGACUGCCAGGCAAGUUCUGCAGGCUGCAGAGAGGAAUAUGACAGAUUCAUAUGAACUGAAUUAUGAUUUUAGAAACCCUUUUGUAACCUGUGGAGCAACUUACGUGCCAAUCUAUCGAGGACAGAAGGACGUAUCUUGCCCGUAUUGUAGUUCCAGGUUUGUGCCAAGCCAGGUCGGACAACUUUGUACUGUUUGUGAUCUUGCUGUUGUUGGGGCAGAUGCGUCAGGUAUACUUUGUUCUCCCACCCAGAUUCGAUAAGCAGGCAGUCACAGUUCAGCUGGAUCUUUUCUCGAAUGCCUCAACUUACCCUUCUAGCUACAGAGCCAGAAGCUUCUCUCGUUGAGUUCUUGUGAAAGGUAAACCAGAAGCAUAAAGCUACAUUGGAAAAAAAAACUGUGCUGUCUGCUACUUAAAUUUCUUCUGCUUAUUUUUGUUCUUUAGUUGAUUGUGAUAUUCACUGUAAUAAAGUUUUCAGAAUUUUGACGUAGGUACAUGCUAGGUUGUGAUAGGCAAGAAUACUAGAGUCCCUUUUUGGAUUAGAUGAUUGUUACAGCCUUACAGAUUAUUAGGGACAUCUUAAAUGUUAAUGUAUGCAGGACCCCUCGGGUCAAUUUCGAUAUUUCACGAAA